AUGGAAUCUAUUGGGGAGAAAAUAACCGAUGAUGAAGUUAAAGAAAUGAUCCGAGAAGUUGAUCUUGAUGGCGAUGGUCGGCUCAACUAUGAUGAAUUCGCCAAAGUCAUGAUGGCUAACCCGAAAAGAAAGAAAAAAAGAAAAAGAUUUUGUUCUGCUAGGAUGACUGAUGAAGAACACAAUGAUGGUUUCAUAACUGAGGCAGAGAUUCGAUUUGUGAUGACAAGAGAUGGGAGCAAAGUAACCGAUGAUGAAGUUAAAGAUGCCAUCCGAGCAGACAAUGAUGGUUUCAUAACUGAAGCAGAGCUUCGGUAUGUGUUGACAAGAAGUGGGGCCAACAUAACCGAGGAUGAUGUUAAAAAUGCCAUCAAAGCAGCUGAUGUGGAUGGCGAUGGUCGGCUCAGCUAUGAUGAUUUCGUCAAAUACAAGAUGGCUAUGAAGAUGAUUGAAGAAGCUCCCAAGGGCAAAAAUUUGGUGAUGCAGCGCAUCGUUAAUAUUUUUCGGGCUUUCGUCAAACACGACUUGGGCUUUUGCGUGUUUGACAAAUCCGAGAUUGUUAGCGAGUUCUCCGAGAGUGCUAGCUUCAAUCUUGUUAUAUUGCUUCCACUCUCUAUCAGUUGGUAUCAGACUAGAACGUUCCUGCAGUUGUGCCUCAUCGACGAUGCCACCAAAGAAGCAACCUACCGCCGCUGGUGCCAAUCCCGAGGGUCCAACAGCCGAAUGGGCUGA